CGCAUCACUUUGUCUGAAUGCGAAACACAAACUGCAGUCGAUUGUCAUUUGUCGUCAGACUCAGCUGUCAAAUUCAAUUUUUAUUUGAAAAUGGCGGACGAUGCAUCAAGCAGUAGUGGUUUCACCGGCAAUGUAGUGGAUAAUUCAAUAAAUCAAGAUGAAUUGAUUAUGAAACAACAGCGGGAGAUAGAAAAAGAGAUUUCUGAAUCUAUACCGCUUGUAGGUGACCUAGAACAGUUGGCAUCGUUAGAAAAAGAGUACAAUGAAGACCCCAUAUAUCUGUUAAAAGUAAAAGACCUGUCAUCGAAAUACAAAUAUGUGAGACGAACAAGACCCGAUGGAAACUGUUUUUUCCGCGCCUUUUCGUAUGCUUAUUUAGAGCACCUUUUAACUGAUAAACAAGAAUAUGAUAAGUUUUACGAGAUAGCCAAGAAUUCCAAAGAUAUUUUGGUUGCUUUGGGCUUCUCACAGUUCACAGUUGAAGAUUUCUAUGAGACGUUUAUGGAAGUGGUCCAGAGAGUGGGUGAGCAGGCAGGAGGCUCACCAGACACCCUGGAAGCAGUACGGACGGACCUGCACGACAAGUUCAAUAAGCAGGGGUACUCAGACUACAUUGUGGUGUACCUACGCCUGAUAACCUCAGGCCAGCUACAGACUGAGCAAGACUUUUACCAGAACUUUAUUGAGGGCCCUCGUACUGUCACUGACUUUUGUAGACAGGAAGUGGAGCCCAUGUACAAAGAAUCUGACCACAUCCAUAUCAUAGCUCUGAGCAACGCGCUAAAGGUGGGCGUCAGAGUCAAAUAUAUGGAUCGAGGGGAGGGUAGUCAGGUGAUAGCUCACGACUUCCCCGAGGGAUCCUCUCCGCUUGUGCACCUCCUGUACCGGCCCGGACACUACGACAUAUUGUACGCGUGAUCGCACCGCACUUCACUUACAGUAAUAAAGUUAUCUUAUGUGUA